CUUAACUCACCAUGUUGCGGUUGAUGAAUGCCACACAUGGCCCUUCUCGGGUCUGAAUGUAAUGUUCCAAUUAAUAUUUGCAUUAUCGACACUCUUUUGCGUUAGAUGCUAAGGGUUCUGGAAGAAGAUUCUUCUGCACCACAAUUGAGAUAGAGAUGGCUCGUUAGUGUCGAUCUCCCAAUCAACCAAAUGCCAGAUCCUAUACCCUCUGGGGCUGUGGCGGCCUCUCCCAAACCUAGUGCCGGUAGAUCUCGUCCUCGGCCUCCCAAGCCCAACUACAAACAUAUCCAUCGCUUUCCCUUACCAAUUAGCGUCCAUCCUCUACCUCCCUUAAUUCCUCAUAACCCUCUUUCUGUUAUAAGUGUUGCGCUCUCUUACCUCACUUACAUUAUCUCACCACCUCACCAUGAGGUGUACUCUGCCUAUUUUGACACUGCGACCUCAUCGGUCCAUGUCACUGAUGAGAAGGCGAUCAGAGCCCUGUGGGAAAUGGGUUUCUUCGGUAAGGGUAAUCUAAGUCGAAGUGAACCCAGCUGGCUAGAACGUGAAAAGAAGAGGAGGGGCUUGCUAGGCGGCAAUACCAGUGAAGAGAUCACUGGUAAACGGAGGUCAGAAAGACGAGAAUUGAAAUUAGAACGGGCCAGGAUGGAGAAAUUGGCUAUUCAGCAGAGACUCGAGGCAGAGGCUGCGGCCAAAAAAGGUUCUAUUUCCCCUGAUGGGGAUACUCUGCCGGCACCCACAAAUGGGCCUACUAAUGGCACAAUCCAACCAGCAGAGAAGUUUUCCCUUAGGAAAGCAAGGGAGGCUCGAUAUCUGGAGUCACAGCGGUUGGUAAGGCCGGAUACAGAGACUAGUACAGUCAACGUCCCUGCAGAAGAUAAGUCACCUAACGGUAAAACCGUGCGAUUUUCUCCAGUCGUACAACAAAUGCAGUUUGCUUCCGACCCGGAUUCUCUGCGUCUAUCUGAUUCAGUUGUCGAUGAAAGCAAAACAACUGGCGAGGAGCCUGUUUUGAGAAAUGAGGAACACCUCCAACUGUCGAACGAGGAGGCUUUCUUCCUUGCCUAUGGCCUGGGCGUCCUGCAAGUCUUCGAUGAGCGAAGAAGCGUAAUUCCUAUAUCAUCCCUUUUCUCAUUAUUCUGUCAACACUCUUGCUUCCCUGCUCGGGACUCGAGUGAGAUUGAGCCAGAUGAUCCUUUUAUUAUCUCGUAUGUGGUGUAUCACCACUAUCGGUCACUGGGAUGGGUAGUGCGCUCCGGUGUGAAAUUCGGGGUAGAUUACCUGCUUUACAACAGAGGUCCUGUCUUCUCCCAUGCCGAGUUUGCUGUCGUUGUGAUUCCUUCAUACGGCCAUCCUUACUGGUCAGAGACGCCGGAGAGGAGGAACAAAACUGCUAGCAAGCAAGAACGCAGUUGGUGGUGGCUGCAUUGCGUUAACCGCGUACAAUCGCAGGUUAAGAAAAGCCUCGUGGUGGUCUACGUGGACAUUCCGCCUCCAGCCGCCUCCGACGCAAAAGACGACAUUGGGGCCCAGUUCCGUCGCUACAAAAUACGGGACAUCAGCAUUAAGCGGUGGGUGCCAAAUCGGAGUCGCGAUUAAACGUUGUUUCCGAGUCUUCCUUUCCAUGUCACUCAGAAUGUACUUUACUGUAUCAUAUAGCCUGUGUUCUGGAGAACGCAUAUAGCCAGCUUGAAAGGGCUGUAUAAGCCAGGGUCUAUUGUCGGAAGUUAAUAACAAGACAAUUUCAAACGGCAUGCUUGCCAUGGAACCCAACAAAUAUCAAAACCUAACUUCGUCCUUAGUCUAUGCUCCAGCUUGGAUUGUAUCUGUGCUGUCUGGCCUUUAAUAUCAAUUCCAAGGACCACAGGAGUCUUUGGCACCCUUCGAAAUAGAUUCGCACAACCCCUAUCAGACCAAUGUUGUCUAUGUCCAAACAUGUCAGGGUGCAUGACCGUAAUGAAUCACCAUUUGGAAAUGGGAACCAGAUUUGCAACUGCGCCUUGGUAUAUAUGGUACGGCACUAGAGAAGAAUCAAAGAUGAAGGCUCUUUUUAUUUCGGGUAUUUUUCUCAUGAAAUCAAUCAUGACAUGCUAAUGUCCUCCCAACGAAGGCAGCAAUCCUGGUGAUUGCUGCCUUUCCACCAAAGAAGCUCCUUCAUAGAUUUGCAGGUAAGGCACCAGUCUUCUUCGCCGUAAAGGUCGCGAUCAGAUCCAUCAGAGGCGGGGAGAGAACAUCAUACGUCUCGAGCCCAAGCGACUUGAACUUCGACCGGACCUCAUCCAUACCCUUGGGAUUGAAACCUUGCUCGAUGAUGGAGGAAACGAACGCGGCGAACUGGGGUUCCUGCCACCCUUUCGUGUCGGACAGCUCAACAUGCACGAAAUCUAAGCCCUUGAACGGGUGCUCUGUCUCGAUCCGGCCGUAGAGGUGGACACCGCAUGACUGACAGGCGUGACGCUGAAUGGUAGCGCUCUCGUCGACGAUCUUCAGCUUCUCCUCGUGGGCGGUGACCUUCAGAUUAUUUCUGGGGAUAACGGCAACGAUGGAGAACAAAGCUCCUGCGGGCUUCCAGCACUUCGAGCAGCCACAGGCAUGGUUGUGUGCCACGUUGCUGCUCAGGGUGACUUCGACUUUGUCGGUGGGACAGUGGCAGUAGAGUUUGCCGCCGGGGAAGUCCUCGCGGCCCUUCGUGAUUCCGUUGUCGAUGAGGGGGUGCAGAGAUGGAGCCAUUUUGGUUGGGUUUUCUAUCUCGAUUGGCUGAAGAGGGGCUCAGAAGGUAC